UAUUUAGGAAAAAAUUUUAGAGAGAUGUUAGAGAGAGAGAGUUAGAGAGUUAGAGGGAAUAUUAUUUAGGAAAAAAUUUUACGGAGCCUAUUUUCGGAAAGUGAUAUUAUUUUCGUGGUGGAUAUUAUUUUGCGUGGCGGAUAUUAUUUUGCGUGGCGGAUAUUACUUUGCGUGGCGGAUAUUAUUUUUCGGCGCGGAAUAUUAUUUUUCGGCGCGGAAUAUUAUUUUUUGGCGCGUAAUUAUCGGUAAUGACGACAAAUGCGCUGCCAGCCCUAAAAAUUUAUUGGGAUGGUACAAUAUUAUCGACUCCGGGUGGAGUGGAUUAUGUUUCCGGUAAAUCGGAAAUGGUUGAGCUGACGAGAGUAGUGAAUUUUGCACAACUACAAGUCGUAAUUAGAAGGGUAAUUGGGCUGAACGAUGCUGACGAGAUAGUGAAGAUUUAUCUAAGAGUACCUCGGUUCGAUGAACAUGGAAGAUUUCAAAAAUAUGAUGGUUUUCCUAUGGAGACAGAUGUUCACAUGGAAGCAAUGUGGCGUAAUGUUUCGCGGACGCCACAAAUGAGGGUAGUUGAGUUUUAUAUUGUAUACAAUCCGUUAUCUCAAGUACGUGCGGAUGUAGACGACUGUGCGGAUGUAGACGACUGUGCGGAUGUAGACGAUGGUGAUGAUUUUAGUGAUGAAGAUGAGGAAGAAGAACACUUCUACGGGGCCGUUGCUGAUGACAACGAGGAUGAUGAUGAUGAUGAUGAUGACAUCGGUGGUGAGAAUGGAGAUGGCACCCAUGGUGAGAAUGUCGGUGGUGGGUCGGAACAAAAUACAGAUCAAACGUUUUAA